CCGCCCAUCUGCGGGCGGGCUGGCGCCGUCACGUGGCGCGGCGCUUCCUUUCUCUGUGCGCCUCUCUUUCCUUCCUCGGCCGCCAUCUUGUUCUCGCCGCGUGUUGGCAGCGGGGCUCCGCCGCGCUCAGACGUAGCACUAUGAACCAAGAAAAACUGGCCAAGCUUCAAGCCCAGGUCCGAAUAGGAGGAAAGGGAACAGCUCGCAGAAAGAAGAAGGUGGUGCACAGAACAGCUACAGCUGAUGACAAAAAACUUCAGAGUUCCCUCAAAAAACUGGCUGUAAAUAACAUUGCUGGCAUUGAAGAGGUGAACAUGAUAAAAGAUGAUGGAACAGUUAUUCACUUCAACAACCCCAAGGUUCAAGCUUCCCUCUCUGCCAACACUUUUGCAAUUACUGGUCAUGCAGAGGCUAAACCGAUCACAGAAAUGCUUCCAGGCAUCUUAAGCCAGCUUGGUGCUGACAGCUUAACAAGUCUCAGGAAGUUAGCUGAACAAUUCCCAAGACAAGUGUUGGAUAGUAAAGCACCAAAAUCUGAAGAUAUUGAUGAAGAAGAUGAUGAUGUCCCAGAUCUCGUAGAAAAUUUUGAUGAAGCAUCAAAGAAUGAAGCUAACUAAAACAUUAAUAGUUCUGGAAGCUGGCAUGGACUAGAUUUAAGAAAUCAGCUAUGUGGUUCCAAAGUUUUAAAGAAACAGAGAACAUCAUCUGUUAAUAGUUCAGUAAUAUAAAUAUUUUGUAUUUUUA